CGCGCAGGGUCUGACGAUCGGAGGUCGCCCGGAGCUCUCGGCAAGCGCUGAGCCCGGAGGGAGGCCCAGGAAGCCUAGGGUCUGAAGCCCGGAGCCAAGAGCCGCAAGUCCAGAGGAGCGCGAGCCCGAGCGCUCCCGCGGCGGCGCGAUCUGGGUCCGGCCCCUCCUGGCCGGACGGCGCCCUGCAGCCCUCUCGCGCCCUCGCUCGGGUGCCUCCUCCUCCGACCUCACCUGCCACACGCCCACUCUCGCCCGGACUUCUAGCCGCGGAGGCACGAGACAGAGCUGCGGACCGCGGCGCGCCCACCAUGCGCCUCAACAGCUCCGCGCCGGGCACCCCGGGCGCCCCGGCCGCUGACCCCUUCCCCCAGCCGCAGACAGGGUUAGAGGUGGCGUUCCUGGCCCCGGGCUUUGGCAACGGUUCGGACAAUGCGUCGGAGCGCGACCUCGCGGCGCCCAGCAGCGACCUGGACGUGAACACCGACAUCUACUCCAAGGUGCUGGUGACCGCCGUGUACCUGGCGCUCUUCGUGGUGGGCACGGUGGGCAACUCGGUGACGGCGUUCACGCUGGCACGCAAGAAGUCGCUGCAGGGCCUGCAGAGCACGGUGCACUACCACCUGGGCAGUCUGGCGCUGUCGGACCUACUCAUCUUGCUGCUGGCCCUGCCCGUGGAACUCUACAACUUCAUCUGGGUGCACCACCCCUGGGCCUUCGGCGAUGCCGGCUGCCGCGGCUACUACUUCCUGCGCGACGCCUGCACCUAUGCCACGGCCCUCAACGUGGCCAGCCUGAGCGUGGAGCGCUACCUGGCCAUCUGCCACCCCUUCAAGGCCAAGACCCUCAUGUCCCGCAGCCGCACCAAGAAGUUCAUCAGCGCCAUCUGGCUGGCCUCGGGCCUGCUGGCAGUGCCCAUGCUGUUCACCAUGGGCCAGCAGAACCGCAGCGCCGAUGGCCAGCACCCUGGUGGCCUGGUGUGCACACCCACCGUGGGCACUGCCACUGUCAAGGCUGUCAUACAGGUCAGCACCUUCAUGUCCUUCGUGUUCCCCAUGGUGGUCAUCUCAGUCCUGAACACCAUCAUUGCCAACAAGCUGACCAUCAUGGUCCACCAGGCGGCAGAGCAGGGACGGGUGUGCACAGUUGGGGACCAGCACGGCACCUUCAGCAUGUCCAUCGAGCCUGGCAGGGUCCAGGCCCUGCGGCACGGUGUCCGGGUCUUACGUGUCGUGGUCAUUGCCUUUGUGGUCUGCUGGCUGCCUUACCACAUCCGGCGCCUCAUGUUCUGCUACAUUUCAGACAAGCAGUGGACUCCGUUCCUCUAUGACUUCUACCACUAUUUCUACAUGAUGACAAACGCACUCUUCUACGUCAGCUCCACCAUCAACCCCAUCCUGUACAACCUCGUCUCCGCCAACUUCCGCCAGAUCUUUCUGUCCACCCUGGCCUGCCUCUGCCCCGUGUGGCAGCACAGGAGGCGGCGGCCAGUGUUCUCAAGGAAGGCCAACAGCGUGUCCAGCAACCACACCUUCUCCAGCAACACCACCCGAGAGACGCUGUACUAGGACCUGGCCUGAUGACGCUCAGUGUCCCCAGCCUCAGGGGGGGUCAGCUGGGGCCAGCCUGGUCUGUGGUCUGAGGCCUGGGAGCCCACACUGUGCCCCAGAGGCCUCUUUCUCUCCAGCUUUCCCCUCCUCUGCCUCUCCCCACC